AAUAACCAUUUAUCAUAUAUUUGUUUAUAGGGUUUCUUUUUGACAGUGUCACCAGAAUCUAUAUUGAAAGUGGCCUCUCAGGCUUCUGCAAACAACAAGAUCUUUGCCUUGAAUCUUUCUGCACCAUUUAUUAGCCAAUUCUACAAGGAACCAAUGAUGAAAGUUUUCCCUUAUGUUGACAUCCUUUUUGGAAAUGAGAUGGAAGCUGCCACUUUUGCUAGAGAGCAAGGCUUUGAGACUGAGGAUAUUAAAGAGAUAGCCCGGAAGGCACAAGCCUUGCCAAAAGUAAACCUUAAAAGACAGCGGAUUGUCGUGUUCACCCAAGGGAAAGAUGAUACUGUUAUGGCCACAGAUACUGAAGUACGAUCUUUCCCAGUCUUAAUUAGCGACCAGAGUGAGAUUGUUGACACCAAUGGAGCUGGAGAUGCAUUUGUGGGAGGUUUCCUGUCUCAGCUCGUCUAUGACCGGCCACUGACAGAGUGCAUCCGUGCUGGGCACUAUGCUGCUAGUGUGAUCAUAAAGCGUUCUGGCUGCACCUUCCCAGAGAAACCUGACUUCCACUGAUGCUGGGUGAGCCAAGGAAUCACGAGGAGACACUGCCCACCCUUUCCUUCCUGUCACUCUCCCCCAGUUGCCCUGCACUGAGACUUCUGUACUUCUGUUCACUUGUACCUAUCACACAUUUCUCUUGUGAUGCCCUUUUCCUGUUUCCAGCCAACAGUGUCUUGCAUGUCUUGAAUUAGAGGCUGCCGGGCCUGAUUCUGCUUGGCACUCUCUAUCUUUACUACCGUUUCUAGGAGCAGCACUAUAUGAAAACACCCACAAAUGUUUAGCUAUAGUGUAACACUUCUAGUGUAUUCCUCUGAUAUAUGCAGAACUGGCUGAUGUUGCUCACCUCAGUCAAGUAAGAAAUCAUCAACAAGUUCAGUUGUUGAUAGACUGAAUUAAUUAUACUGCACUGGUAUAUAUAGGAAAAAUAUACUGUCUUUGCUCCCAUGCAUGCUACAUUCACAGAUGUCCCAGACUCCAACCCCCAUCAUCCCCAGUCUACAUGAUAAUUGAGCUGUUGGAGAUAACAGAAGCUUUAGUCCCAACAGAUUGGAUGUGCUCCAUCUUUGGGAAAGCUGCUUUAGGUUAUUUUGAAGUGUGCUCCUAAUUGAGGGUGGGACCCUAUUUCUAAUUGUAUAUUGGAUUAAUACUUGGGGCCUUUCAGGCAGGAUCAGGUUAAUUUUAUGAUGUAAACAAAGCCCAUAUGAUGAUUCUCUCAAGUUGUGAAUUUAAGGUUACAUCUCAAAAGUGUAUGUGUACGUGUGUGUAUGUAUGUAUUUAUGUAUAUGUAUGCAUAUAAGUAUUAUACAAACGCACAUAUAUACAUAUAUAUCUACAUAUAUAGAAACAUUGGUGUGAAAAUGAAGUACAGAAAUAUUCAUGCAGGCUGUCUCAUCAAGAUUUGCCAAAAUAAAAUCUUUUAUUUCAACGCACAGUUUUAAGAAGAUAAUGUACUUCAAAUAAAUAAAACAUUUUCUUUAUUUGUACUACAGUAUUCAAGAGUGACAUUCUGAUGAUGUCAUUCAUUACUUUACUAUGUAAUUUGAUACUGAUAAAUAAAGCAAUUGUGAUACAGGA